GUCUGUUCAUUGGCUGCCCAAGGACGUAGCUCCUCCCCCGGAAUUGCGUCGCAAGGUCACCAGCCAAACAGGUCACUCGCAGCGCUUCCAAGAUGGCGGCCUCCUUGUGUCAGUGUUACCAGCUGUGUGUCAGGAGAAGUUCUGCAUUUUUAGUCGCUCGUCAGUAUGCGUCAUUAUACGACAGAGCUCAUGUUUACAGGAUAUGUGGCCCAGCAGCUGCUACAGCGCAGGCAAGGUUUAUGUCCUCCGGUGGUGGUCGGAAAGGCUUCCUUGGAGAGUUUGUGGACAAUCUCAAGCAGGAACUGAACAAGAACAAGGAGAUGAAGGAGAACAUCAAGAAGUUUCGCGAGGAGGCCAAAAAACUAGAGGAAUCGGAAGCCCUCAAACAAGCCAGGAGGAAAUAUAAAACCAUAGAGUCUGAAACAGUUAAAACUUCUGAAGUGUUGAAGAAAACACUCGGGACGAUAUCAGAGACGGUGAAGGAGGGUUUGGAAGAGGUCGGCCGCUCAGACAUCGGAAAGAAAAUCAAAGAAGGCAUGGAGGAAGCGGCCAAAACAGCCAAACAGUCGGCAGAGACGGUGUCUAAAGGUGGAGGAAAACUUGGAAAGACCGGAGCCUUUCGGGCGAUAUCACAGGGCGUCGAGAGCGUCAAGAAAGAGAUCGGUGACCUCGGACAGAUCGGCCCGUACCGGCCGCCCACCAGACUGAGGAAGAGGAGCGAUUUCUCAUCGAAGGCGGGAGGCGCAGAAGCCAAAGUCUUCGAGGCCAACGAGGAGGCGAUGGGUGUCGUGCUGCACAAGGACUCUAAAUGGUAUCAGCAGUGGAAGGACUUCAAGGACAACAAUGUUGUUUUUAACAGGUUCUUUGAGAUGAAGAUGAAGUACGAUGAGAGUGACAACGCCUUCAUCAGAGCGUCCCGCGCCGUCACUGACAAAAUGACUGACAUCAUCGGCGGCUUGUUCUCCAAAACCGAGAUGUCUGAGGUUCUGACCGAGAUCCUGAAGGUGGAUCCGAACUUCGACAAGGACUCGUUUCUGAAGCAGUGCGAGCGGGACAUCAUUCCCAACAUCCUCGAGGCCAUGAUCCAGGGAGAGCUGGACGUCCUGAAGGACUGGUGCUACGAGGCCACGUACAGUCAGCUGGCUCACCCCAUCCAGCAGGCCAAAGCCAUGGGUCUCCAGUUCCACUCCAAGAUCCUGGACAUCGAUAACAUUGACUUGGCGAUGGGGAAGAUGAUGGAGCAAGGUCCCGUUCUCAUCAUCACCUUCCAGGCUCAGCUAGUGAUGGUCAUUCGUAACAUGAAGGGUGAAGUGGUGGAGGGCGACCCGGAAAAGGUUCUCAGGAUGAUGUACGUUUGGGCGUUGUGUCGAGAUCAGGACGAGUUGAACCCUUACGCCGCCUGGAGACUCUUAGACAUCUCCGCUUCCAGCACAGAGCAGAUCCUGUAAACAACGGCUUCCUCAACAGGGACACGACGGGAGGGAUUGGGGGUGUGGCUCAUCUGGGGGCGGAGCCACACACAUCACGCUUGUUUUACAUAACUCCGCCCCUAGAGGUUUCUUCCAGAGCUCUACCACGAACCGCAGGGUUGUUCGCGGUGAGCCAAAAUGGCCGACGGUUGGACUCACGCCAUUGGCCCAAAUCCCCAUCAGUCUGAAAGACUAAGAGACUCGUUUUUGUUUGUGCGUAUUCUCUGUUUAACUGUUUCUGGAAGGAAUAUGUCAAGUCGAGUGGUUAUCAUGUGCCAUUCUACCAAGCUAUCAAUAACAAUGUUGAAUAAUAAUAAUUAUAAUAAAAGUACUUAAUUUCUACUGGAUUGAAUCUGAAUAUAACCAAACAUCCCCAGGCAUCUUAAACCGAGAUACAGUCUGGAAUUGUUGCGACAGAUGUGUCUAUUUAUUAAAGAUUUGGUCAAGGUUAUGUAGGUUUCUCAAUUACAGAUUGUUUCUUUAAGAUCGGCCUUAGCGCUUUCUUCUUCGGAGCGUUUCAACGGAUUGUUUGUAAAGCCAUCAGUUCGUUUUUUUUUAUUAAUUUCCGCCUCAGUUAUGUGGGGCUAAAAUAGUGGGUCGUCUUCAAAAUGACAAUAAGACCUUAGAAUUUAAUUCGAUUUUCCUGCUGUAUAAAAAUAAGUUGCUGGUUGAUGUAGAACUUGAUCAUAAACAUGUAAUGUAUAUUAAAAAAUAUUCCAUGCUUCACCACGAA